AUGGGGAAGACAGAAGCUGGAGAUGAACCAGUGUCAUUUACAGAUACGAAUGCCGACACCGCCGCAGGAGGUAGUAAGGCUACAGGUUCAGCCAUGAUGGAUUUGAUAAGCGGCCUGCAAAAAGAAAAAGGCUCAACCACUGGAGGCUCAUCCACUGAUCGUAUGACGAAUAGUACACAAAACUACCUGUUGCGUAUUGAAGGCACACUUUGUUGUGCAUCAAUAAUAAUCGCCAUAAUCUGGCUGGUUUCGCUGUUCGUUGUGUUUCUGAUUUGCGGAAUUUGGAGCGGUUUCGAUUUCAGCGCAACCAGUGACUCGGUGAAAGAUAAGAAA